UAGAGGAUAAGAUAGGGAGGGAGGACAGGCAGUGAGAAGGAGGGAGGGGAGACUGAAUCAGCAUAGCAUUGCUCACAAGGACACAGGGAGAACGUUCCUCAAAGGGGAUCCCCAAAACUACUGUGUUGGGGAGGGGGUGAAGGAGGAGACAAUUCCUGAGUGUUCUACCUGGGAUACAUUCUGCUGAUCUGGCAUUCCAUUUGGUCCCCAUCAAACCUUCCACAGGACCAAGAGCUGAGGAUUUGGGGGAUGAUCCUGGAGGAGGGGGGUGCGUGUUCCCCUAAGGGGGGCAGAGGAAGCAGGCAGUGACGGCUGGACCUCUGAGCCUCUAAGGAGCGUGGAUUUGGAAUUGCAUACAGAGUCACUGGCUGUUUUUUCUUUUUGUUUUAACAAAUAUUUUUUUUUAAUUCUUGCGAGGAUACGUUUUGGGGGUGUCUGCCAUGGACUGGGGGUGUAAGGGGCUGUACUGGAACCAAGGAUGCUGCUUGAACUGAAUGCUGGCUCUGCACCCCGGAUAUAUACAUAGUAAUAAGGCAUUGCUCCAGGGAGACCUAUAAAUCAUAGCUCAACACUCACACAUAUACACAACACACACACAUCCAUAGAGGAAACAUACUGACACAGUACAGCACUGUAAACACGUGCAGAUAGCACACAGUAUACACUGCACACAGUAUACAUUGCACACACAAGUCGCAAAGUAUACAGGGCACACACUAUACAUUGCACAUACAGGAUACACAGAAUAAACUUAACACACAGUAUACACUGAACACACACUAGGCACACAGGAUACAUUAAACACACACAGGUCACACAUGUAGACUGACAUACAGUGCAUUAUCUUCCUGCCUGUCCCAAGAGAGAAGCCAUUGAGAGUCCCAUAUGAUGCAGAGAUAAAAUAAGGCAUGUGGAUACAGCUCUUCAUUUGGAAUUAUCAGAGACUGACAUUGCUCUGUGUGUGGCCUUCAUCCUGACAGCCGACAACUGCUCGAUGACCUCACUGGAUACAACUUUCGCUAGUUGAACCGAAUAACCAAGGCAAGAACAAGAGGGAGCAGGACCUUCACCCGCAUCUACCGAUCUCCAUGAUACAGGAAGUGAAAGCAGAGAAAAGGUUUUAAAGAGUGCAUGGUUGGCUGUUGGAAGAGAAGAACACGCACAUUCCGUUUGCUGUGGCCAAUCAGCUUCUAUCUGAACGACUCAUCAAGGUGAGUCCAGGUUCCAGUAUGAUUUACCCACUGCCAUCCUGCCUGUGUCCCAUCCUCCUGCUGGUAGUGGGCUCCAUCUUGUCUGACUCGACCUCAGGUUGUCCCCAGCGCUGUGAAUGUUCCCCACAGGACCGUUCUGUUUUGUGCCACCGUAAACGUCAUCUUUAUGUUCCAGAAGGUGUUCCUACAGAUACAAGGCUUUUAGAUUUAAGUAAGAAUCGAAUAAAAGCCAUUAAUCAAGAUGAAUUUUCUUCUUUCCCAUACCUGGAAGAACUGGAGCUAAAUGAAAAUAUUGUGAGUAUCAUUGAGCCAGGGGCCUUCAGUGGACUCUCCAAUCUACGCUUUUUGGGUUUGAGAAGUAACCGGCUCAAGCUCAUUCCCCUGGGUGUUUUUACAGGGCUCAGUAAUCUCACACGGUUGGAUAUCAGUGAGAACAAAAUUGUUAUCCUUCUAGAUGACAUGUUCCAGGACCUUUACAACCUUAAGUCUCUGGAAGUUGGAGAUAAUGAUUUGGUGUACAUUUCCCAUCGUGCCUUCCGAGGGCUCAACAGCCUGGAAGAGCUGGCACUGGAGAAGUGCAAUCUUACUUCAGUGCCCACAGAGGCUCUGUCCCAUCUCCAUGGUCUCAUAUCACUGCGUCUCCGAUACCUCAACAUCAAUGUUAUCCGAGACUACUCCUUCAAAAGGCUAUCAAGGCUCAAAGUUCUGGAGGUGGCACACUGGCCAUAUCUAGAUACAAUGACCUCUAACAGCCUUUAUGGAUUGAACUUAACAUCUCUUUCAAUUACACAUUGCAACCUGAGCACUAUCCCUUAUGUAGCUAUACGACAUCUUGUUUAUCUCCGUUUCCUUAAUCUUUCAUACAACCCCAUCACUGCUGUGGAAGGUUCAAUGUUGCAUGAUUUACUCAGACUUCAGGAGUUUCAUCUAGUCGGUGGACAGUUGACUGUGGUGGAACCCUAUGCUUUUCGAGGUCUCAACCAUUUGAGAGUACUCAAUGUCUCUUCAAAUUUACUUAGCACACUAGAGGAAUCCUCUUUCCACUCUGUGGGUAACCUGGAAACUCUAAUAUUGGACCAUAAUCCAUUGGCUUGUGACUGCCGCCUUCUGUGGAUCUUUCGGAGACGCUGGAGGCUUAAUUUCAACAAACAGCAGCCAUCUUGUUCUAGUCCAGAAUAUGUGCAAGGAAAAGAAUUCAAGGAUUUUCCCGAUGUACUGCAGCCCAAUUAUUUUACAUGCCGGCGUGCUCGCAUUCAGGAUCGCAAACCCCAGGUACAGCAUAUAGAUGAAGGACUCACAGUACACUUCUACUGCAAAGCUGAUGGAGACCCACCUCCCACUAUCCUUUGGCAGUCUCCUCGCAAGUUUUUCAUCACCAGCAAAAGCAAUGGACGGCUUACUGUAUCCUCUGAUGGGACUCUUGAAGUACGUUAUGCACAAAUACAAGAUAAUGGUACUUACCAUUGCAUUGCAAGCAACGCAGGUGGAAAUGACACAUCCUUGGCACAUCUCCAUGUGCGCAGUUACUCGCCAGACUGGCCUCAUCAACCCAACAAGACCUUUGCUUUCAUCUCUAACCAGCCAAAUGAAAGUGAUGUCAACAGUACGCGUGCCAGUGCUCCCUUUCCAUUUGAUAUCAAGACUUUAAUCAUUGCCACAACCAUGGGCUUCAUUUCCUUCCUUGGGGUUGUCCUUUUCUGUUUAGUCCUACUAUUCCUUUGGAGCAGGGGCAAAGGUAACACCAAACACAAUAUUGAGAUAGAAUAUGUACCGCGAAAGUCUGAUGCGGGACUUUCCUCAGCAGAUGCUCCUCGUAAAUUUAACAUGAAGAUGAUAUGAUAGAGAAGUACAGGGAAAAGCAGGAGAGAGGGUAAUAGGGGCAGAUAGUGGAAUGCACGGAGCCCAUUUUUACCCCAUAUUUCCUGCACAAUCCUUUAUCACUAAGCAAUCUGACUUCCUGGAGAACGAUAGGGGGAGAGUGAUGGUGUCAAGGAUAUUUUGACCUUAUUUUCUUGAUCCACAGACUCUUAGUUUUGGGACAUGUCCUCUGCACUUUUAACCCUGUGAAUUUAACUCCUCAAAGCCUCUUCAGAUCUCACUCAUAUUGGCUCCUACUCUACAAUCUUGUGUGAUUGACAUGGAGGACUUGAGGUUGGGAUGACUGGAGGCAACAAAGCAAUGUGAAAACAAGGACUUUGGAACAGCUCCAUUAUUAAAGAGGGCUGGAGAAGCAGAGAUAAUCUGAUGCUGAACUUUAACCUCUUUAUCUUCUCCUUAUUUCAAUACCUGUGAUUUUUAUGAAAAAAAUAAAUGAG